UCCCACCCCCCCACCCGCUGCCCCUCCUUCUUACUCAGUCGGUCUAGAAGGACAAACAAAGCACUAUUGGUGUCCUCUGCGAGAGAGCCCUGAUAGGGGGCUGGCUGUAAAUUGACGUGGCAUGGAAAAUCUCUGCUAGCUUGUAGCAGCUCUAACGUUGCUGCAAAAAUCAAGCCUACUCCAACUAAGUUUACGGCUUAAAAUCAUUAUGGAUUUGCUGUUUAUAUAUAAAAAAUGAAUGGGAAGUACCUCCUCUUUUUGUUUUGGGAGACAGACUUUUUCUGUAUUUGGAUUUACAGCUAAUAGAAAACAAAAUCAAAGGGAAUCACUUGGUUACUGAUUUUUGGUGGUUUUUUUGUUUUGUUUUUUAGUGAGAGCAGCAGAUCUUGUUGCUCCCCCCCCUCCCUCUCCUGAGAUUUAAUCACUUGCAGAUCUUACCAUGGGGUGCGGACUGAGAAAGCUGGAAGACCCAGAUGAUAGCAGCCCUGGAAAAAUUUUUUCUACAUUGAAGAGACCACACGUUGAAACAAAGACUGAUUCUGCUUAUGAAUACGUGUUGCUGGAUUUUACUUUAGAAGCUUCCUCUAAUCCAGAAGUUAUCAAGAUCAGUUCUGUGUUGGAUAUAGCAUCUAAGGUAGAAGAAUAUUACAACAAAGGAUAUGUUGUGGGAGCUGUUCAUCCUAUUCUGCUGCCAAUUGGACAUAGAAGAAAUUUCCCUGCAAGUCACAUGUAUCGGGUGGUACUUUCACGAUUAAAAUUAAGCCAGAAGCAUGCAGCACCCAGAGGACAAAGGAACCCCAGGCUAGUGAUUGAGGAAUGUCCUUUAACAUAUGAAACACUGACAAACGAGGUAGUGAAAGAACUGUUAGAAAAGGUUAAUGAAGCAGCUAAAAGAGGAAGGAAGUUUGUGGGAUUUGUAACACAACAUUUUCCUCAAAUUAAAGCCUGUAAUGGAGCAAGCACAGAUGGGAAUGCAGAGCUGGAAUCGACACUGAGCAGAAGAAAUAGGGAACACAGAAGAAAAAGUUCUGAUGAUGACUAUAAAAACUGGAAUGAACGGUCACUGUGUGAUAACCUAUCUGAGAGUGGGAAUGAAGAGGAAGUGCAAGCAGAUAGCGGACUGUUACAGGAUGCAGACUUCCAGUUUGGAAAAGAAGCCAGCCCUAUUAAACCACGAAAAGGAAAUGACAAGCUUUAUACAGUCUUCAAUGUUUUUGAUGAUGACUCUACCUGCUGGACCUAUCAUGAAGGCACCUUGUCCAUGAAAGUUACAAGAAAGGGACCAGUUAUCAGUACACUGGAAGCAGACUGGCUAGAACUAACCACAUUUUAUUACAAACAAGGAUUAUCUUUAAUUGAUUCUUUUGUACACUGGGAAAUUUCUAAAGGCGACCAUUUGCCCAGAUCUUUAGAAGGAUUAUUUAUCUAUGAAGAAGAAGGUUCUGGGGUUCCAGGUUCUAGCAGGAAAGGAAAUGAUGCAAUUGUUGUUGAACAAUGGACAGUCAUUGAGGGGUGUGAAGUGAAAACAGAUUAUGGACCUUUACUGAACACGUUGGCUGAGUUUGGAUGGCUCCUGACCUGUGUGCUGCCUACACCUAUUGUACGACAUGACAGUGAAGGAAAUCUGGCCACGAAGCAAGUUGUUUUCCUUCAGAGACCUGUUGUAUGGAAUUCUGCUGUUCAGACACCAGAAAAGAAAUCCUUGAAGCAAGUUACUGGGGAGGAAAAAGGCAAAGCUGCUAGCAGAAGUGUUGGAUUAGACACUGCGACUUCCCACCCUGUAGAAACUGCACAACCCCCUGAUGAGUUUCACCUGUCUCCUUCUAAACAUUGUUGUAUCAAAGAGGCCUCCUCCCAGUAUGGGGGUUUCUCGGGGUUUGGUAGCAGCGAUGGAGUAUUAAGGGAGCUGGAUGAUGGACAAUUUGACCAGGAAGAUGGAGUCACUCAGGUCACAUGUAUGUGAUCAAGUAAGUAACUGCAUCAGAUGGACAUGUACAUAGUUCACACAAAUGUAAAACAGUGUAUUACUUUAAAUGCAUUGGUGUAAGCUUAUGUCUUUUCCCAGACUGACUCAUUUUGUAUUAUUGUCUGUUUCCUUGUUAUGCUAAUCCUACUGUAGUAAUAAUACUACUGCAAAAUAAUUCGGCUUCCUGUCUGUCUUCAGUAGAAUAGCUACCUAAAUGGGUGCUCUGCUGCUUGUUGUUAAUAUUUUUAAUAAACAGGGAAACAGAAGCUGCAAAAAAAAAAAAAAAGAAAUGACAGUUUGUGUUCUGUAAGAGAGAAAGGAAUGUGGAUGCUGAGCAUUUUCCACAAGCUGGAGGACUGGUUAUUGCCUGUUUGUUUUUUUUUUAAUUAUUAUCUUUUAAGACUGUUGUAAAUAUGAGUGGGAAAAAAAAAAAAAAAAAAUUAUCUGCAUAUUGUUAUGUUUUUACUUUACUUUUCACUGUUUUUUACUUGCUCUGCCUGAACUCAAAAGCCUGGAGAAAUGCAAGUCAUAUGCUAGAGGGUUGAUUUAAGCUGCGUUCAGCCUAGUAUGUACAGAAGAUUUCUGAAGGCUGUAGGCAGACAUUGGUUUCUGUAAUACAAUCUCACCUACACAGGAUUUGCCAAGGUUCCAUGUUCCAAGCCAUCUUAGUAUAUAACUUUGCAUAUAAAAAUGGCAUGAUAUAUCCAUGACUUAGUAUGACUGGAAAGGCUGAACUUUGCCACUUAAGUCGGGUAACUUGCAUUCUGUGAAGUAGUUUGAGGGGCUGUAUAUGAAACACUGACAGCCAGGUGCACAAUGAUGCUGAUGAUAUGCAUAGGGGAAGAAGUAGAUAAUAUUAGAUGAGAAUAUUAGAUGAUACAAAAACGCUGACAGAUCAUAUAUACAUUUUAAAAAUUCCUUGCUAACUAUAUAUCACACCAGAUAAACUAUAUCCAACUGCAUCAAAUACCGUAAAUACUGUUCAGGGGAAAGAUGGAAGUUCCUGGGAUUCCAUCCUUACUGUGGGGAUGAGCUCAGAUGGGCCCUUGAAGGGAGAGGCGUGCGCAGAAUUGUUUUGAUGCUGCUGUCUCGAAAUUGCAUUCGGCAGUUCAGCUUCCUUCGAAGCUGGUCUGCCACUGCAGUUGGGAAAAAGUCAAAAGCCACAAGAAAAGAAAUUCUGAUUUGUUUUCUUUCCUCAGAUCAGUAUUGGCAUUUUUACAUAACAUACUAUUACUUAGUUACUGCCUGUACUGUCUGUGAGUUGAUAGUAAUGGCAAUGUUGUUGGUUUGGAGCUAUUUCCCAAUUUCACUGUAGAAAAGAGCAACUCUAACAACUGUUUGUGAGAGACGUUUUCUUCUCCCUGUCCACAAAUCCUAGAACUGGAGGCAGCCCAUGAAUUUCUCUUAUUUUCCUGUUUCACACUGCUGACAAGUGCAGCUUCUUUCUCUCAUUUGUGUUUCUUAGCCAAAAUGGUGGCAGUCUGGCAAAGUAGUUCUGAAUGUGACUGUUGUAAGAGCCAAAUCCAUGCCGCUGGAGUAGCAAGAGCCCUGUGCACAGUGCGGGUUGCAGGAGGGCUGCAGAAGAACCUGGGGUAGCAGGCACAGUAAGAAAUGCAGCCUUGUCGAGGUCUCUCCCUGCUUUCCCACUGGCAUCUUGAGCUCACAGAUGUGAGGCACAAACCUCGCAUUCAUCCCAUCCAGGGACAACAUACAGGGGAUUUUCCUGCUAAAGGGAGAGUAGUGGCUGUGUGUCCCCACCCAGAGCUGUCGUCUAAUGCAGCCUGCUGAGUUGUGGCCCUGGAAGAGCAGGCAGCUCCCCUAUGGUGCUACACAUGUAUGUAUGUACAUAUAUAUGAAAAUCUGUCUCUGGCAGAAUGCUAAAUAAUUUCAGCAUAUUAAAAAUGGAACAGCUGUUGGUCUUCUGCAACUUGGAAUAUGAUGCUGUACUCCUGAAAGUAUUUUUCAGAAGUUAUCCAAAAAAGCCCACAAUACUCUUGCAUGUGUGCCAUUAAUUUUAACUGCUGGUAGUUCUCCAUACAAGUCAAACUUGUAAAAAGCAGCAAAUUUUGGUCCAAAAACUGGCAACUCUCAGUAACCCACAUCUAAAAGCUUUCAAUAUGUUUCAGAAAAAAUUCCCCCUUAGAAAGGAGUACCACAGUAGUUAACGUUAGUGAAUCUUAAAACUAAAUUGCAACUAUUUAUGUUAUAAUAUAUGAAGCACUAACUUAAAUGCAGUCACUAUUUCCAAAAUGCAUUUAUUGGAUAAAAAGAAUCAUUUAACUUUUAAUUGAGGUAUUUUCUUCCCACCAGGUGGUGAGAAUGCAGAAAACUCCAACUAGUAUCCAGAUGCUUUUUCUAAAAAAGUUUUUCCCGUAUGAUUUAUGGGAUAUAAACACAGGAGAUUCCAUUUUUGCAACGAGAGCAAGUCUGGAUGUCCACCAGUCUAUUCUAGAAUAUUCCCAUUUUUAGCAAGAGAAGCUUUUCUUAAAUGGUGGCUCUGUUUCAGAGCUGUGAGUGUACUUCAGUCCUCGCUCUUGAGUCUCAAUAUGUUUUGACUGUGCUGCAAGCUUCUGUAAAUUUACUGGUAUGUAAAUAUGCUAAAUUUCUUUCUCUGAACUCAUUUAGCUAUGGGUAUUCAGUUAAGGACAGAAUGGUUUAUUUUUAUAUGGUUUAUAAUGCCAUUUGUCUCACAGGGCACGAAGUUGCUCAUGCUGCAAAAACAUUCAUCUAGAUUGUCUUCUAGUUUUCCGCUGUCUUUCACCUCACAGGGCUACAUUUAGGUUCUGUACUGGAAACAAACCAAAUUCAAUUCUUCACCUGGAAAAAAAAAGUUUCCUGCCAGAUUGACAGGAGAGAUAUGUGUAAAGGCAGUGGCAUGGAGAGAGCAGCAAAAGAUUAAGUCCCUCAGCACAUUUUUUUUUUUAAUACAAGAGCUCAAGGGAAUAAUGGAAAUGGUAAGUAGUAAGGUUUGAAACAAGUAUUUAUUCAGCUGGCUGUGCAACUCCUGCUGCAGGAUGUUGUACGUAAAGCUACAUGGAUCUAAAAGGUGACUGAAAAAUUCCUGAAAGGAAAAAACACACUCAAUUCUCUUUGAAAGUCGCUGAACCACAAACAUGUGGUCUGAUUAGUUCUUAGACUUGUUAUUCUUUGUCUCUGGGAUAGCUGGACUGAGUUAGACUGCUGUAGAAGGGUAGCAGAGAGUGGUUUCCUGCUGCAAGACCUUUCAAAAACAGAGGAAAGGGUUUGCUCGGUCCAUAGGCUGCAUGUGAAUGAUCUGACUUCAUGCACUAGUUGAAGACCACAGAAUUAACCCACCUGUCUUCCUAGGGCAUGAAUGUUGAAAUAUCUGAAAACGCUUCUAAAACAUAAGAUGGCUUUCAGAACUUUUAAUGACAAAAAGUUUUUCCAUCUCAUUUGAAGAAGUGAAAAGGAGAGGGUACAUUUUCUGUACAGGGGAUUCUAAUUGAAGCUACGUGUUUUGUUAUGCUCUUACACAAAUGAGAGCAUUAAGGUGUGCCUUACUAAUGUUGUAAAUUACUAGCACCUUUUUUUAAUUCAAAGUUUGUAAAGCAGAAGAGCUGUGAGGGAGGGUAAGACUGUUGGUAAGUUUUCUUUAAAUGCUCCUAUUGUUCUUUACAUAUACAUAUGCACACUGCUCAGUCUUCAUUUUACAAGAAUGUAUUUUAUGUAUUUCAUUAUCUUAGGCCUUUUUAUUGAAUCAAACUUAAAGCACGAAUGCAUUCUCCAACAAAAAAAAACCCCACGAAUUUAUUCUCCAGUGUGGCUUCAGCUGUGUGUUUAGUAGAGUCCCUUACCUGCAUGUGGCAGCACAAAUGCCCUAGAACUAUUAGAAAACUCGGAGAUGGAAAGCCAUUAAUGCUCUUCCUAAAGCUCUGCAAAAGACUGUUUAUAGUUCAAGUCUUAAAUUGUUUGGAUAGGAAAUGCUUUUAAAAGUGUUUGCAAACCAGGAGAAAUAGUCUGUUAAAAACAAAAAUACUGUGCCCUGCUCAUAUUUAUCCCAACAAUUUUUUUUUUACAUACCUCAUCACCUGCAAUAAACUGCUGCUUAACUUCUGUUUCUGGUCUAUAAAACGCAGUGUUUUUUGUGUAAUGUUAAAUUCCUUUCUAUAUUUCUGAGAGGAAGCUUCUCACCAUUAAAAGCACUUACCAAAUCAGCUAUCAAUGUCUUAAUUAUGUUUGUCUCACAGUGGCAUUAAAUCCAUUAGAUUGGUGUAGACCUUCUUCAGUUAUUGUUGCUGGUUCUUGUUUGUACAUACAGCGAAGCUUGCUAGAAUUUUAAUCAUCUAUUGGAAGCUAAUUAGCUUUCUUUCUACUUAAGAUAUUAGUCUGGAAGCUUAAAAAAAGAAAAGUUCAGGUUCCUGUUACGACAGUUCCCUAAGGGUUAAAUCAUGGAUGAGGAGUGCUAUUUCUGAGAUUCAGAUUUUUUCCAAGCCUGUUUUCUGUGUGAGAACUGAGAUGAAAGGUAUGAAUUAGUGAUGAAAAUUCUUCAGGAAAGCAUAACUUCGGACAGCUUUGCUUACAGAAACAGGUCUGCUGCUGUGUUUUUAUCUGUUUAAGCAGAAACUUGAACAACAUCUAAAACUUCAGCAGCGCAACCACUGUGGCUGACCUGAUGCAACACACUGCACUGGGGAAAACCUGAGUGAUGAAGAGAAGACAUCUUGUGAGUUAGCCUCUGCUUGUGGGAGGCUGUUCCAGCAGUGAUGUGCUACAUGUAACGUCGUGCUUAUUUGGGUAUCUGAAAGGUCCUUUGUAAAUCUGAGUGACUUUUAAACUGUAGAACCAGCAUUUUCUGAAUUGAGAGAUGAAUACAUUUGAAGUCCAGCUUCUAGAUGCUUAUGAGUAUUGUAUUUAUCUACUUUCGGAAGAAGAAAUACAAGUUCAGCACCCCUCGUAGCAAAGAUGGGAGAACACUGAACUUUGUCUUGGAAGCACUCGGUUGCCUGCAUUCUUGGACAACGUGAGAAAUGAGAAUCACUUACUAAAAUGUAGUGGUAUGGACAAAGUAACAGUUUAAUUUUAAUCGUUGGUUUGUUUACAAUAUAUUUCAAAGACAGUCUUCCAUUUCCCUGUUACGUAGAGUGUAAAUGAAAUCUGUUAAUGUAUUUAACUAGACAAACUGAUGAUUUCCUUAGGCGAAGUUAAGUUUCAUGGUACCAUUCAGGCACGUAUGUGUACGCAGUACUCGUGUAAACAAUAGCAAGGGAAAAUACAAGCAGUGUUUCACUUAAGCCGUAUAUAAAAGAGAGCAAGUCAAUUUACAGUGCAAAUCUGAAUGAGAAUGAAUAGGAUUAAAACUUCCAGAGUUUUGUUCUGAAGUGAAACUCUUAAAGCGUAAGAGGACGAAAAGAGGUUUAAAACUUUAAUGCAGUCCUGAGCACCACAUCUGCUUCAAUUGCGUAGAGGAAAUGUAAUCAGUAACACAAGUUACAAGGUUUUGCCUCUGUCAGUCACCGGGACCAAUAUAAGCAUGCAGAGUGACUGUACAAAAGAACCACACCGUGAAUGGUCCUACAGCAAACUGUACCAAAACUGAAUACAUUUUACCAUCUCCAAAAUACAGAUGUCUCCCUGCCUCUAAUACAAACUUAAGAUACCUAUUUGGUCUAUACAAGGCAAGUUAGAAUUAACUCUAUAGGCAGUAACUAAAGCUACGUUCACUCAUACAACAUCUCAUGCAGUAACCCUGCUGACAGUUAAAUACAGCUAUAAAUGUGAGACAGAAGAGCUGCUGAAGAAAGCAGUUGCUGAAGUAGUUCAUAAGCUUAGUCUCUUUAUUAUCUUAUAAUUAAAAUUCCCUUUACAUCCAGGUGGUACAGUUGCUUGAGGUGUGCUUGAUUUGUGUAAAGAAAAAUAGAAUUUAAGGCAUGUUUAGUGUAUUAUGGAAAAAAAAUAUUAAAUAGGUGAACUCCCUUCUUUCCAGGUAAGUAUAACUUAAAAAACCAAGUACAGUUUACAGAAACUAGCUUAGUUAGCCCAUUGUGACCUGCAUAAAGAAAUAACAGAGCCCCCCUGGCAACUUCCAAGAGAAAUGACUGGCUACCUCUUCGAACAAAUAAGCAAAAUUCAUUUAACGUAAGAACACCACUAGUGCUUUUAUACCCUGCAUUCAUGCCCACCUAGCAGUAUAUCUGUCUGCUAUAUUCAUCUCUAAAAUAUUUAAUUCUAUCAUUCUAGACAAAACACAAUUAAGCAGCACUCAUGGAAAUUGUCAGUUAUUGCAAAUCUGCAAACGCAAAUUGAAACAAACAUCUAAAAGGGAACAGAAGCAUUAGUCCAAAUCUUUCUGUCAAUAUAAUCCAGGUGAACAAAGAAAAAUUAACAUAUACUGGAAAUAUGAUGAACUCUUACAAAGAGUCAGGUUCAAUUUUUCAAGUACUUAGGUGUUCUUUUCUAAAAAUACAAGUAAAGACUAUGCUAGCGGGUUAUGUGGCGUAAUGAGAGUAUUUCUGUGAGGUAUAGUCUGUAAGCCAUUGCCAUGAACAGGUAUAAGCCAUUGAGUUUGUGUUGUUUUUGCCACAGUUACUCUUAAAGAAAUUGUGGAGUGGAGAACAACAGAAGCGUGCUUUAGCAGGACAGAAAACAGCCCCUACUGCACACAGGCCUCCGCUGGUAACAAAAGAAAAGAACAGGCUGAAAAAGUAAGUUAGACACAUAUCAAUAAUAUAUCUGUUAAAUAUCACAGUAAAAUUAUCCUUUUGGUAUUACUAAUACUAUAAAUGCUCUUAGUGUUUGGAUAGACACAUACAGGAAUAUGCACAACCAGAAGUAAAUCUUCAAAGCCAUCUUAAAAAAAUAAAAGCUAAAUUAGGAAUAAGCUACACUGCUAAGAGCUUCCUGCAGAAUUCUAUAUUUAAGGUGAAAAUCUUUGAACUAACCUAGCUACUGUAUUACAAAAUGGCUUGCUGUGUAAUCUUAAUCUUGGUUUUUUUUCCCCACCCAAUCUGUCAUCUUCAGGAUUGUGAUUCAAUGAUUGUUUAGCAGCAAUUUUAGAGAACUGUAAAUUCUUUUAUUAACAGGCAUUAUAAACAGAUACUGCUACUUUUAUUUAAAAACCAUGAGUGCCACGUUGAUGAAUAUACAGCUCAUGAAUAACUUAAAGUAUUUCCCAUAUUAAAAGGCAAUG